AAAAAUUACAAUCUUUUGACUCCAUUCUACUUGUUCCUAUUCUAACUAGAUAUAGAAAAUGCCAUUUUUCCUGCUAACCAUGUUUAUUCCUCUUCUUCAAUGAAAUGACAACUAAAAUUUUCACUCUUUUGUCUCAUAUCUCAGGUUAAACCAGAGAUUUUAAGGUGACCCUUAUUGUCAUUUCUCUUGAGAAGUCAUAAAAAUCCAAUCUUUAUCAAAUAUCAGUCAAAACCUAAAGGGUAAAUAUAUAUAUAUAUAUAAGUGCUAAUAUUGGUCAUGGCUCAACAGGAAGAAGGUUGGCCUUUGGGAUUGCAGCCAUUGAAUUUGAGAAUAGGUUUAGGUAGAAGCAGAAAUGGAUCAACUUCAUUCAACACUUCACUUAGUGACUCUCUUACUUCCUCCACUGAUUCUUCUUCAGAUUUGGAUACUGAGUCGACAGGGUCUUUCUUUCAUGAUAGGAGCACAACACUUGGAAGUCUUAUCGGUGUUUCAAGCAUAGUUAAUCUGUCAAGAAGAUCAACAAGAGGGAGAUCAAAUGGUGUAAUGACAGAAGUGCAAAAAAACUAUAGGUCUAAAACAACAUGGUGUUUCUCAUUGUGUCCAAGAAACAGCACAGAUGCUGAGUCUACUGUGAUGAUAAUAAGGAAUAGUGAUAGUAAUGCUCCAUCACUUGGCCAUUUUCUUGCAGUUGAAAGAAGAGCUGCUAAUGAACAUAAUAGAACAAGUCCUUUGAUAUAUGGACCUGAUGAAUUUGCUAUGACAUUGUCUAAUAGGAACCAAAAUUCAUUGUUCGAAAAUGGACAAAUCGCUCCUCCUCAAUUGAGUCCAUGGUCAGGUUCAGAAGAAGUCGAAAAUAGAAAGAGGGAUAACAGAGAAUUAGAUCAUGAUGUUCAUGGACAAGGUGCUCCUCUUUUGUUUCCAUGUAUGUGUGGAUGAUGUUUUAGUGUUUGAAGCUCUGGUACAACUCUGUGUUCUCAAUGAUUUUUGUUUCUAAUGUGUUUUUCUUGAUUCGAGGAUUAAAUUAGGAUAUUUUCUUAACGUCCUUGUAAUUUAUUUGAUCGUCAAGAAGAGUUAGUAACAAUUGAAAUUGAUCAUGAGGGACAACUAUAUAUUCUUGAUCGCUUGUUUUCUUCAGGGAUAAUAUUGGAGAACCUUUUAGUAA